AGCCCGCCCUCCGCCAUUGACCCGGCUUCUCCUCAGGACGACGGGCCGCGUCUCUUCUUCAUCGUCGCCAUCAUCUCCCUCGGUGACCCCAGAGCCGUUUCCAGGGCGACCGUUCGGAUGAAGCCCCCCAUCCCCACCACCCUGGGCCCGGGCCUAGCGUGAGGGAAGGCCCGCAAGAUGGGGGAAGUCGAGGCCUGAAUUCCCCCCCGACUGACGGACAACCAAGCGGGGGCAACAUGGAUGAUUUCAGCUCCAUCAGCCUCCUGUCCCUGGCCAUGCUGGUGGGCUGUUACGUGGCGGGCAUCAUCCCCUUGGCCGUGAAUUUCUCAGAGGAGAGACUGAAGCUGGUGACCGUCCUGGGCGCCGGGCUCCUGUGUGGGACCGCACUGGCCGUCAUCGUUCCCGAAGGAGUGCACGCCCUCUACGAAGAUAUUCUGGAGGGGAAGACACACCAGGCCAGCGAAGGGCAGAAGGCGAUGGCGUCGGACGGAGCGGCGGAGAUGUCCGUGGUCCAGGAGGCGGAGCCCGGGCCCGGGCCCGGCCACCAGCACGGCCCCGAGGACGGCCACGACCACGCGCAGCUGCACGCCUACAUCGGCGUCUCCCUCGUCCUGGGCUUCGUCUUCAUGCUGCUCGUCGACCAGAUCGGGAGCUCCCACGUCCACGCCGCCGACGAUCCAGAAGCUGCAAGACCCGGCAGUUCCAAAAUCACCACCACCCUGGGCCUCGUCGUCCACGCCGCAGCUGAUGGAGUGGCUUUGGGAGCAGCGGCUUCUACAUCGCAGACCAGCGUCCAGCUGAUCGUAUUCGUGGCAAUCAUGCUACACAAAGCGCCCGCGGCCUUUGGGUUGGUCUCCUUCCUGAUGCACGCCGGACUGGAGCGGAACCGAAUCAGGAAGCACCUGCUGGUCUUUGCCCUGGCCGCCCCUGUCCUGUCGAUGGUGACGUACCUCGGGCUGAGCAAGAGCAGCAAAGAAGCCCUCUCGGAAGUAAACGCCACGGGGGUGGCCAUGCUCUUCUCGGCCGGGACGUUCCUCUACGUGGCCACGGUGCACGUCCUUCCGGAGGUGGGCGGCACGGGGCACAGCCACAGACCCGACGCCGCUGGGGGGAAAGGACUCAGCCGCCUGGAGGUGGCCGCCCUGGUCCUGGGCUGCCUCAUCCCCCUCGUCCUGUCCAUCGGGCACCAACAUUAACCGUCCGGGAAUCACCGCCUCUCCCCCCGCCCGGACUAGGGUGGGCAGCGACCUUCGGCUCCACGGCGGCUCCCCGGUUUCCGGCAGAAUCUCCAGAGUCCCAAGGGACUUGAACAGCCCGGAGUCCUGGAAGCGUUCGUAGUCUAGAAACCUGGCGGUUGCAGUCGGAUAAAUCCAUCCUCGAUGGCCGGGGGAGGGAGGGGACUUUUUAGGAGCCGUUGGGAUAGCGGUGCGACUCUUUCCCUAUUCUCAGGGAAGGUGGGAUGUGGGUUCCUAGGAAGGGAAGCGCGUCGGAACUUGGGUACUCCCCGGGACGUGGAAAGUCCGGCAUUCUGCCAUUUGGCCUCCUGCCUCCUCUCUGUGUCCGGAAACUUCCUUUUCCAUAAGGUGAGGGGGUCUCCCGCGUCACCCGCCCCUCUGUUUUGAACACGGUCUCUGCCCUCUGACGGGGACCGGGCACCUCGGCCCUUCUGCGCGGGUUCGGAAGGCCACAGCGAGCCUUGUGCACCCAUUUUUUUUUUUAAACGUUUGGGUUUUCUGGAGGGAGAGGGUCAGGAGAAGCAGAUGGGACCGCGGAGAGAGCAAGCUCCCAGGAUAUUCCUCUUCUCCGCGACGCUCCGGAAAAAUCCCCGUUAUCACCAUCUUGGAGCCGGUUCCGGCCCGGGCCGGCCCUCAGCGGCCCCGAUUCUCCCCAGAGCAUCUUUCGGAAGAUGGGGCGGGGGACCGGGUUGGAGCUUUUAAAAGUUACCGUUGGAAACUGAGGAAAGACACCUCUACAGCCCUUUUGUCCGGAAGCACUACUGAGUUCCGUGUCGUCUUUAAAGACAAAAGUAUUAAUGUGAGCGGAGCGACAGUUCCAACGGCAAACCCUCCCUCGUCGUAUCCUAGGUUGUGCUUGAGGAUGAGGAGGUGUGUUGGUAAGGGAAGUCUGAACGCUAAUCUAAAAAAAAAAAAAAAGUCAUUUUCCUGGCAGUUGGAAGCCGGUUGAAAAGACGUCGCUUGGGACGUUACCGUCUUUUUCCUGCUUUUCCUCUAGGGCACUUGUGCCCCUGGCUUUCCCUGACCCUCCACCCUUUCAACGUGCUGAUGAAACUCUCUGGCCCUCCAUAACAACCUUUGCAUUGCCGUACGUCAUUCCUCCCUUCCCCUCACAAGACAGCCCCUUCCCAUUUAAGUGCUGACUGUUGUUUUUUUCCCUUCCCAAUUACUUAUCAGAUCUCACUUCCCUGUGCAGGGGGGGUGGCGGUAAUUAAUACUGUUUUGUGGGAUGAGCAGAAAUCAUUAGUGACAGGCCAACAGGGUGCAUUUUCCCCCACAGAUUUUCUGUUUAAGCUGUCCCCCUUCCCGUCGAAUAACCAAUCGGCUAAGUGUACUAUCGCACGCUCGGUUUCAAUUUUAUUUUAUUGUGCCACCUGGAGACAUGUUGUCAGAUAAAGGGGCCCAAGUGUGUUUUUUCAGGUGGAUUUUUUUCAUCUCGCCCUUGCCGUCCGGCCCUACGUAUUUUUUGGACCUCCAGCCCCAGCCGGCUCACACAGUUCAUCGACAGAAAAAGGAUUCCCCACCCCUCUGCCGGUGACAGGCCAAAGAAGCCCCGCAGCAGACGGCUUUACCGAUAGCUUCCCGCUCUGGCGACAGUCGAUCGUAUUUCAGCGAUCCUAGAUGUCCUUGUAACGGUAAAGGCGGGAGAGACGAUAGAGCUUUGCCCACAGCGGUCUCGUCCUCGCCGGUGACUUUGGCUCCUUGAGAUGUUUUCCUAGUUGGCGUGUUUGCCGUCAGAGAGCAGGGGUCGGGCCUUUGGUUUGGAUGCGGGUCCUCCCUGCCCCGCGGGGUCAGAAAACCAUUCCCCCCGCAAUUAGCCAAAGUCCCUUCGUUGUGCCUUGCCGACGUGGGUGAGGGUUUGAUCCGUGCCUCCCUCCGCGGGGCUCGGGCCCUUGUCCGGGAUGAGACCCCUCCACCCUCCGGAGCUUCAGCCCCGGAUAUUACGAUCCUCCAGCCCGGCGUCGUGGGUAAGAAACGGCCGUCGGAAGCGUGUCUGGCUCAGACGCCUCUGAAUUGUCAGGAAGUGAACAGUCAAGGCCCAAACUUGAGGGAAGAGGACGGCGACUGUCGGUUAAGCGUAACGGUACUUUCAUUGGCCCUGACUGUAUCAGUGCCACACUGCAGAGCCAAACGGUUGCCACCCACGAACUGCUGGCCCCAUUAGGCAUGAAAUUUGGGGCAACGGUUGCGAGGCUUAACUUAAUUCAAUGGAAAGCAUUAUUCUCCUCCAACGAACAGUCACGCAAAGAGUGCGGCUUCCAGUCCUUAAAGAGGCACGCUCCUCAGAUUCUGGUUUGAAAAUACCACGGAGACAUCCUCUCCCCUCCCUGCAGGGCCUCCGUUUCAAGUGUUCAGAGGCACAGAAGGUUCGGGUAUAAUUUGGUUCAUCCGCUGCCUCUCUGUGGCCAAAAGUUCUGCGCUGUAGGAGUAGAGAGUCAGAAACGGCCCCACCGUCAGGGGCUAUUAUUCGUUCUUCCCCUUCUCCCCCUCCUCCCCCACCAAAAUCCUUCCUCAACCCCAAACUUCACAACCAAACCUGUUCAAGUCAUCAGCCAACAGUUCCUGGGUUCUCAGUCACUCAGUGGAACAUCAAGGGGACGCCUUGAAGGAUCAGAGUAUCCCUCCCGCCCCCCACGCUUCAUCCGCCUGCUUUCUCUUCACCCGACGGGGAACAACCGAGCAUCCCACCGGCAUCAGAAUCUGUCAAGCAGCCGAAAUGCGUUCGCCGCCACGUCCCGAGCACAGGAGCCCAACGUCGCCCCGCCGACCCCAACUGAGCCCUUUCCUUCCGAGUGUCUCCAAGCCUAGGGGGUCUCCUGAGAUGGUCCGGAAAGCGCCUGCCUUUGUUCGGGAUGGCUACCCGGGGGUGUUCUCCGGGGUUGCCUUCCCACAACCUCCCGGAGCCGGGAAAUUUGGACUUGGAAACCAAUUAUCGACGUUUCCCCUUUUGUUCCUCAGACUUCUCCGUCAACCUUUACAGUCCCGGAAGAAGAGUAUGAAUCAUGGAAAGGAAAAUCCCCCACCCUUCGGGAAUUCUCCGUGCCCAGCCUGACACGGGCGGGGGGCUUUACCACGGGGAGGUCAACUCUGGGGGGGCUUCAGGGCGGUAUCGCCCACAAAGCUGGCCACUCCUCGGAGGCGGUGUCGCCGUACCCCCGAAUCCCAACGGAUCGAACGAUGAUUUUAAAGUCCCUUUUUUUAUUUUUUUCCUGGAUUGUUUGUAUACAUGAAAUCAUUCCACAGAUGGCUGCCUGCCUUAUUGUUUCGUUCCUUUACACUUUGUGAAUUGAUUUAAAGAGAAAAACCAUUGCACCUUCUGAUUGGUUUUAUCACAUUAAAUUUUUAUUGGGCUCUGCA